CCUCGUCUAUUUGGAUCAGACUCGCAAGCUCAGCCCACUCGCAGAGCCUACAACGUUCCAGAGCAACAAAAACAGUGAGACGCCUAUCCCAGGAAGCCACACCAAUCCUCAGAAACAGAGACACAGUGCUCUAAUGGUUUGGAGGCUCGGUUAUGGUGAGAAGGGCGGGCUUCAGAGAGGAACUCCGCCUCUCUGAAUUCCCAGCUUUUCCCUUCUUUGACCAACAGUAAAUUCUUCUGUUGGCUGAGAAAAGAGGAAGCGAGAAAGCACAAGAAAACUUUGAAGAAAAGAAACCAUAGGAGCGGCUUCGUUUUCGAUUCAGUGGCAAUGUAAAACUGCUUAGAGAAGCUCUUCUGCAUUUUAGCUCUGAAACUUGGUUACACUGCUAGUUCUGUCCGAGACAGCAUCCUGUUUGUUUCAAAGUCUCUAUAGAUAUGGUGUUGCUUCAGGUUCAAUUGCGAUGUUAAGCUGUUUAGAGAAGCUUUCUUCAGUUUAAAGUGCUUAUUCAGAUAGCUCUCAGAGACACACAAUAUGCAACUGAGUUUCUGUCAGUCAAGCUGCUAGAUAUAUCUCCAAUUGGUAUCCUGUUAUGUGAAAUGACUCACCUUAUCUGGACCUUGGAUUUCAGUUGAUCAAUCAAACUCUUUACAUGAAGCAAAUAUCUUUCGGCAGCAGAUAAUGUGACAGAAACUUUGGUUAUUUUUUGGGGCAAAUCUCCUUUGGCAAUAAAUAUUUCAAGAUUAACAAACUGCUUAGCAUAAUUUUAAGAAGAUCCAGUUCUUUUGGGCAAAUCUCCUUUGGCAAAAGUUACUAAAGAUUCCUUCAGUUGGGUGACUUCAGAGUUGUUUGGUUGGAAAUUCAUCAUUUUCAUCCGUCUAACUGGAACUCCACCCUUGCUAUUGGAAUAUUUCCUGCAAUUACUUUUUUUUCCUUCUGAAGAUCUUCUAUCUCAUCUGUGGGGUAGAUCUAUCUAACACUGGUGGCUCUUGUGCUGUUCUGCAGUGGGAAAGUCUCUUUCAGUAGUUUCUUCUAGUGGGAACUUCAGUCCAUUCAUUGGGCAAAUCUCCUUUGGCAUUUGGGGUUGUAAGUUGACUCCUGUUAUCACUAUAGGGCAAAUCUCCUUUGGCAUUUGGGGUUGUAACUUGACUCCUGUUAUCACUAUUGGGCAAAUCUCCUUUGGCAUUUGGGGUUGUAACUCGACUCCUGUUAUCUCUAUAGGGCAAAUCUCCUUUGGCAGCAGAUAUCCAGUGUUAGCAAUUUACAUAUCCGGUUGGAGAUAUAGACAAACUAUCAGAUAUCAUCAUCAAUUGGUGUGUGUGUGUGUGUAUUAAUCUGCAAUUUGUUAUCGGCCUUUGGAACAACUACAAACUGCCCAUCCUCAAGGCAAUAAAUAUUAACAAAGCGAGCUCAAAUUAGGAGCGAGACUGUCAGCUUCUCCAGUUUCUUUAAAAAGGGAAAAAUAUUACGGAAUAUGUGCUUUCUUUGAAGAUAUUUGACUUCGUAAGAGAAUCUUGUUCUUGUGAUAUUCAGUGAAGAUCAGCUGAGGAAUUUGGGCAAAAGGCUUAUCGGAAAACAUAAUUUAUCUUCUAAUAGGCAUCUGAAUCAUGGAUGUGUUCUUAAAUGACUCUGAUUGGGAGAGUUAUAGUGAAAGUGGCAGCAGUGAGGAUCAGGAGGAAACUGAAUACUCAUAUGGUGGGCAGGCUAGCAGCAUCCUGUCAAGACUUGAGGAGAGCAUUGGGAAAAUUGAUCAAUUUCUCUCAUUUGAGAGGGGAUUUAUACAUGGGGAUUUGGUGGGCUCCGUAACAGAUCCAUCUGGACAGAUGGGCAAAGUGGUUGGCAUUGAUAUGCUGGUAGAUUUGGAGAGUGUUUGGGGAAAAACAAUAAAAAAUGUAAAUUCCAAGAAAAUUCUAAAGAUCCGCUCCAUUUCAGUUGGGGAUUACGUGGUUGGUGGGCCUUGGCUUGGAAGGGUUGACAGAGUAGUUGACAAAGUCACUGUUAACUUUGAUGAUGGGGGAAACCGGGUAGUCACUGUCAUAGACCAGGAGGAAGUCUUGCCAAUUUCUCAUGAUGUACUGGAAGACUCACAGUAUCCAUAUUAUCCAGGACAGAGAGUGCGAAUUAGCCCAUCAAAUGUUUCUGCACCAGCUAGUUGGUUACGUGGUACGUGGAAGCAAAAUCAAGAUGAAGGAACUGUUUGUGCUGUGGAAGCAGGUUUGGUGUAUGUGGAUUGGCUUGAAUCUGCUCCCUCGGGUGGUGAUUUGAGCUUGCCUACUCCACCAUGUUUGCAGGAUCCAAAAAACUUGACUUUGUUGUCUUGUUUUUCAUAUGCAAAUUGGCAGCUUGGUGACUGGUGCAUCCUUCCAAGAGCGGACAGUGAGGGUGAAAAGGAGCACUCUACUGGUCAGCUGAUUAAAGAGCAUAAGAACUUAGCAAGUGUAUCUAAGGCAAGGAACUCAAAUAUAGAUGAAAUCUUUGUGAUUGUGAAGACAAAGACUAAAGUCGAUGUUGUGUGGCAGGAUGGCAGCUACUCUUUUGGACUUGAUUCGCAAAAUUUACUCCUUAAGAGUGUUGUAAAUGAUUGUGAAUUCUUGCCUGAACAAUUUGUGUUGGAAAAGGGAACUUGUGAGGAUCCACACAUGUCUAGCAGCCACAGAUGGGGUGUUGUGCAGUCUAUGGAUGCAAAGGAACGAACUGUAAGGGUGCAGUGGAAAACUUUUGCUGUGAGCGAAGCAAGUAAUUUGGAUGGAGGCAUGAUGGAGGAAACUUUGAGUGCUUAUGAAUUGGUUGAGCACCCAGAGUUUUCGUAUUGUUUUGGGGAUGUUGUGUUUAGGUUAGUCAAGAACCAGUUUGGGGAUUCAGAGGAUAAAGAUCUUGUAACCUCAGAAACUUGCAUGGGUGAGGAGGCUGCUUUGAAAUGCAACAAGGAUCAGAACCAAUACCCUGAUAAGUCUUACCUAUCGUGUAUUGGCAAUGUCACAGGCUUCAAAGGUGGUUCUGUUGAGGUGAGAUGGGCUACUGGUUUGCAAACCAAGGUUACACCUGAUGAGAUAUUUAGGAUGGAUAAAUAUGAAGGUUCAGCUGCAAUUCCUGUGCUUUAUGAAGAAAAUGUUGAGGAAUCGAAUCAAGAGAUGAUUGAACAUGACAAAGAGUCUUUUAACCAUACAGGAAAGGAUUUAUUUGAUUCUGAUGGUGCUGGUGAAAAUUGCAAAAAGCAUUCAUGGGAGUUUGGUUUCUUUUCCCUUCCUCAUGCUGCCAUUCGAUAUUUCGUUAGCAUUGCGACAAACCUGUUUGGAUCUGUUGGCUCAGCUUCAAUUUCAUGCCCAGUUGUAUCCGGCUUAAUUUCUGAAAAUGGAAAUGAAUCUAGGAUUCUCCAUGAGAACGAAGUGAUGGACAGUUGUGAGCUGUUGCAGACAUUUAGAAAGAAAAGUUUAGAUCAUGAAGUUAAAGAAACUCAGGAUGAUGCCAUUCCAUUUUCAACAGCCAGUGAGACCUCUGAUCGGUUUAGGUGGUUUGAUAUGGUUGGUGAUUGCUCAGACCAUCACUUUCUUGGUGCUGAUAAAGGGUUGGCGUUGUCUCAGGUAAAAAGAGUUUGGUUAAAGAAGGUUCAGCAAGAAUGGAGCAUUCUAGAGAAAGAUCUUCCUGAAACAAUCUAUGUCCGUGUCUUUGAUGAAAGGAUGGAUCUACUGAGAGCAGCCAUUGUUGGUGCGCCUGGAACUCCAUAUCAUGAUGGACUUUUCUUCUUUGACAUUUUCCUUCCUCUGGAUUAUCCUUACCAACCACCUGUGGUGCAUUACAAUUCCGGUGGGCUCCGUGUAAACCCUAACUUGUAUGAAUCUGGAAAGGUUUGUCUUAGUCUUCUCAAUACAUGGACUGGUACAGGCUCUGAAGUAUGGAAUCCAGAGAGCUCAACCAUUCUUCAGGUUCUUCUCUCCCUCCAGGCUCUCGUGCUUAAUGAUAAGCCUUAUUUCAAUGAGGCGGGGUAUGAAAAGCAGAUUGGAAGAGCUGAGGGAGAGAGAAACUCAAUAAGCUACAACGAAAAUGCAUUCCUCGUCACCUGCAAGUCCAUGCUAUAUCUACUACGAAAUCCCCCCAAGCACUUUGAGGCACUAGUGGAGGAGCACUUCAGGCGAUGUUCCCUGUCUAUUCUAAGUGCUUGUAAGGCAUAUAUGGAGGGAGCUCCGGUGGCCAGUUAUGCUGUAGGAUGCGGAAAGACUGAGGGUGAAAAUUUAAAGGGAAGUUCUACCGGGUUCAAAAUCAUGCUUGCUAAGCUCUUGCCAAAGCUUGUGAAGGCAUUUUCUGACAAGGGUAUAGAUUGCAACCAGUUCAUUAAGCCCGAAAAAUGAAUUUUCUCUAAAAUCCAGGUACUACUGAAUUACCAUACAAAGACUUAUAAAUGUGUAUAAUACCAAAGACAUGCUUGGCCAAAGAUUGGCCAUGCUUAGCAUAUGUUGCCAUUGUGUGAGUUGUGAAAAUAUGUAUUGGUAAGGCUGUGUUAAUGUAUCUCUUAAUAAUUAUGGCUCUCAAGACUUUCAAAAUAUGAAAUAAAAGCCAUGUUUGGAUUGGUAUGUA